AUGGUUUCCACGCAAGAGAGAGGUGGGCGAGUAGUAGAUCAGCUUUCUUGAAUUUUUAGGAUGCGCUGCAAGCGUCGCGGAUGACUUUUUCGCCCUCUGUAGCGAUUGUUGGAACUUGAGAAUACUCUCUCUCGACUCCUUCUAAACUGGGCUUCUGGACGACGACUAACCGGGUGGUUUGGUUGCCUUGGUCAACGUAAAUAGUGCCUUGAGCUGCACGCAGUCCGAUCUUCUUCCGUGUAACGACCAGGGAAAUCCGAGUGGCGACCGACGUGGACACCUGCGGGGAACCAGAGACGACGCCAGGAGUGCGAGACGCCAAAGCAGAAUGUGGCCAGAACAGUGGACUUGAUGAACUCGUGCAGAGUGCCCAAAUUAAGAUGUCUGCACCACAAAGACUGUCUGCCACCAGUCGUAUGGAGAGGGACCUCAUAUGACACUCUUCGUUUAGUAAGAUGGCAUCUUCGGACAACAGAGCCACUCUGAUUCUACCUCAAGCGGUGCGAGGACAGAACGGGUACACGUACCUGGCGUGUCGGACGCUGGCAGCUGCCGCAGCUGAGCUUUGACCUGCGGUGGUGACCCAGAGAACGCACGCUUGGGCGAGCAAUUGGUGCCAUGUUCCCGCAACUCUGCCCACCAGUGCCGCCGUUUCAAUCGACCUACCCCAAGGCACCGAAGGAGGAGGACCACUCGGUGUUGCAGCAGCCUAUCACCUUGGGUGUGCAGGGUGUGCGCCAGAUCGUUCAGUGCAUGACCAAUGGCAGCCGGGAAGUCAAGGACGUGCUGCUCAACGAGUGCAGCGUGCUGUUCGAGUGCAAGGUGUGCCGCAGCCUGUUUCGCAGCUUGGCCAACCUGCUGGCCCACAAGCGAGUCUACUGCACGCGGCACCUGUGCGAGGCAAUGCCCCUGUGCGCGCUGUCAGCCCCAGCGGAGGAGCCGACCACUGGUGGUGAGCUGCAGCUAACCACCAUCACGGGCAACACUAAUGCCAUGUACCAGCGGGUGGCUCGCGAGCAGCCGCAGCAGCAGCAGCCGCAGCAGCAAGAGCAGCAGGAUAAAGGACCUUCAUCAAGUGUAGCCACCUCGUCUCGGACGAGCUACCUGUCGGCGCGCAGCGACUGUGACUUGACCCGGCUGGCGUGUCUCAAUUGUGACACCACGUACACGUCCGUCAAGACGCUCUACCUGCACAUGGUGUCUCUGCACUCGACCACGCGCCGCUACUACCCGUGCCCACUGUGCCGCGCCAGUUUUGUGCAAAUGUGGGGCGUCACACGCCACCUGGUAAGUGUGCAUGGCCAGACCAAGGAACAAAUUGUGCAGCUGCGCGACAGCAUCCGCGGUGGUGUCCAGUUGCGCAAGAGCAGACUGCAACACAUGGUCGACUGCUUGCUGAGAAACAAUGGCACUGCCGGGCUCUGCAGCCGCUGCGGCCGGCCGUCCACUGGCUGCCCCUGCUCUCCCCGGACGUCGGCGGUAACGGCAGCAAAAAAAGCCCGCCGCAAAGGCGUGCCGCGGCGCAGGCCGCCCUCAACUCCAGACAGGACUUCUGAGAGAACAGUGCAGCCGCCGCGCAACAGUGCUUGCAGCAAGCGCGUCUCGCCAGCCAUGGAGCGCAAGAUUCUGGCCAUCAUUGACUAUGACCGGCUGGCGUGCCUGCGCUGUGAUCGGCUCUUCUCCAGCUUCUCGAUCCUGCGACGGCACGCAGCUGUGCAUUUGGGCUACAGUCGGUACCAGUGCACUCGCUGCAGCUACCAGUCUUAUAAUCGCGCGGACUGCCGCAGCCACGUGCAGCGCGUGCACGCAGACGCAGCGCACGAUGCGGAACGCAUGAUUGUGCACGUGCCGGGUGAAGAGGAGAGUGGCCACCCGAUGGCUACGCGCUUCCCGCGCCUCGACUCACUGUCGACGCUCGUCACACGCUCGGGUGCCUACCCCAAGAGGCCGCCGCCUCUGGGGCCUCAGAAGUAGCUCGUUAUUUGAUUAUACAGUGCCCGAUAAAAUCUUAUGUGGCAAAGGCCGAGUGUGGGUGGAGCGGAUGCGCCUCAAAGUCCCGGCGAUCGCAGUCGUGCGCAGUGCUGCGAAGCCGCGUUGCACUUGGCUCGACUACAUGCACAAGCAGGCACGGUGCUGCGUCAGACAGCCCUGAAAGUGGUGGGCCCCAUCAUGCGCAAAAUAAAAAUAUCGUUUGGUGGGGGUCAAGCUGCCCUUGGUUUUAUGCUCAGUGUUGUAUAGUUAUUGCACAGCAUAUAUAGUUGAGAGCAUCACACACCUUCCGUUUUGGCCCUGGGCUCGUUUCGUUGUCGUUUACUGCUUUGGUAACAGUCAUUGUGCGUUAAUAUUUAAUUUGCUGCCCUUGGAUUUCAUUGCAAAAAAAGUCGAGACAAACCAGUGACCCGGCCCUAUGAGAACAAUCGAGUGAGUAGAUGGUAAGUUGUGGUUUUUGAGGACAUCACUUUAGGGAAGGAACUGAAAUGUGGAUUUAUUGAUAGCAAACCAAGUAACUUCGGCUAUGACCUUUUUGUGAACAAUGUUUCCAAAAUAACACAGGCAACAUCGGCUUCGACGUUGAUCAGUGGCAAGUAUUUGCAGACGAGUAUGAGCAAAACGCCGUGGAAAAUCUUGUAGAAAAGUAACAGCUGCUUUCAUUGCUCAUUGAAAGUAGCUUUCAGGAGCAUGUAUGAAGAAAUGUGAGUAUUGCUUAACUGGUGUUAGGUAUGGAGAUAGGCUGGAUUUUUAGGCACUAAAAAUCGCAUUUUAGGCGCCAAAAAUAGGCAGACAAAACCCAGUUUUUGGCCUCCAAAGUCUUAAAGAUAGACACGAUAAACUUUUACAAAAAUUCACAUUUUUGAAAAGACGUCAACGACCUGUGUCUACAUAGCAAAGCCGAUUGUCAAUGCUGGCAUAGCAAUGCUAAUUAAGUUGUCCUUUUUACCGCAUGGUUUGAAGAAUACGGUCUCUUCUUUUAUUGCCCAACACUGGUAAGGCAAGUCUCCACCAUGGAAGAAAGACCAUGCUCCUGGGUAUCUUUCUUUUCGGCGUGGCUAAGAAGGGCAGCACAAGAGCAAAUAGCCAGACCACUAGAAAGCCAGAAGGGUCUUUUAGCCUCGUAUUGGCCAGGUGUAACUACGCAAGGUCUAUUUCUCCUCUGUCUGUGAACACCUUAAAAGGUAGUUACCAGGUUUCAGUAUUUCGAGCUGGCAAGUGUAAGGCAUGCACUGGGUGCGCACGAUCACAUCUGCCGAGAUUGUCAGUGUUACGAACCCCAGAAAAAGGUGGAAUGUCCAACUGAACGCUGCUUGCUUAUCAUCUCAUGGGUGCGCGCCAUAAUAUAGAGGUAACAAUCCAAGAGUAUAUGUGACACUGCGAGAAUUAUUCCAGGCAACAUUGGUAAUUUGUGCAGUACUGGGGAAAGCUGCACCAAUCGUGCCAACCUGCACCAAUUAGAAAGUCGCUGCGUUGGCUGCGUAUCCCGAACCCCACAGUAGUUUUGAAAUGCUCUUUGAUCUCUCCACCGUGCGCCUUUAGACAGUCAUGCGAGAAUGCCAAUCAUUUCUAACAUUUUCAAAAAGAAAGAAAUGGCUUCAUGGUGGGGGCAUUAGGCAACAUCGGCACUAUAUUUAUUCCUUCUUGAGCGGUGAUGGCGCAUGUAAAGAAACAGAAGUGUGUACUUUGUCACUGGCGUGUGCAUAGGGGGAGGGACAGGGCUACACAUAGUCAUAGGGGGGGCGAGAAGGGGGUGCAGUCAGCCCCUAUCAUGACAUAAGGAGGGGGGGGGGGGGCACUUGAGGAACCUUUGCCCCCUCCCUCCUUAGAUCAAACCCUGCGCAAGCUUGUGUACUUGCAGUCUCUCCUUUAGUGCUUACUACGUUUAGUCUGCAGUUAGCACCGUUCCUGGCAAGUUCUCGGCAUGCAUGAACGUAUUGAGGUUUUACUGUAAUGAGCUUUGAAUGAGUCUGUGUGUUGAUGUGUGAGUUUGUGUGCGCGUUGCUAUGAACCGCGUGCUGCUGCUAGCUUGUUGGUGCAAUAUUCAUCACUACCUUAUAUGACCGGUUCUGUCCCUAAUCCUACUUUGGUUUAUGUUUUUGCUUAUUUUGUGGGCUCGCUGCUUCUAAGUAGUUAUGUGAACUGAGUGAAGGAAAAUAAAUGAAGGGCUCGUUUUCUUUGGUAGACUCAAUAAUAGUGAGAAAUAUUAGACAAUAAUUACAGGGAAAGCACAAUGGUUGUUAUUAGAAACAAUUGUAAUAACAUGUGGAGAAAGAAAAGUGGACGGAAAAAUGACUGAUCACUUUCAGUAUUGGAACCUGCGACCAUCAAGUAAUGCGUGCGAUGCUCUAUUACUGAGGUACGUUAAACUAAAUUUAAGCUAAAGUUUCUUCCUUGGUGUGCGUUAUAGAAAGCUCGUGUGUUCUCCAAACAUUGAGGCAGCUGCUCCAAAAGCAGAUUUUGCCAGCUCCAAGAGAAGCUUUAAAAUGCUCGAAGGCAAUCUCGCCACUGUAUCUGCUUGCUUUAAUCGUGUGACAUCAUGGGUGUUGACAUGACGUCACACGAUGGAGGGGAUUGAAAAUAAAGAUGUUGAGCUG